CUGCGAGGAGGAGCUUUACGACUUCCCGGUCUUCGGGGCCGGGCACAGCAAGGGCCAGACUCUGCGCUAGCAGGCGCUGGGCGCCAACCGGCCAGCACCUGUCGCAGAAGGUGCAACCGAUCGUACUGUCGCGCAGAAGCUCCUCAAUGGCCAGCGCCAGCUGCAGCCCCGGCCGCCCACUCGCCUCACCUGAGCCUGGGGCCGUGGGUCUGGAUUUCCAGGAAAGCAGAGACCUCGAGGUGCAGGACUGUCGGGGCGAGGUGGCCGAGGCAGGUCAAAGCUGAAAAGUGGAAUCGGAGCUGUUGUAUUGCCUGGGGUCCAGUGAAUGCUGGUGUCACUCAGACCCCAAAAUUCCAGGUCCUGAAGACAGGACAGAGCAUGACACUGCAGUGUGCCCAGGAUAUGAACUAUGACAACAUGUACUGGUAUCGACAAGACCCAGGCAUGGGGCUGAAGCUGAUUCAUUACUCAGUUGGUGAGGGUACCACUGACAAAGGAGAAGUCCCCGAUGGCUACAAUGUCUCCAGAUUAAACAGACAGAAUUUCCUGCUCAGGCUGGAGUCGGCUGCUCCCUCCCAGACAUCUGUGUACUUCUGUGCCAGCAGUUACUCCACAGCGCUGCACGGCCGUCUCCUCUCUGCACAUAAAAGGCAGGGAGGUUCUGCCCUCCUGCCCCACCCCAGACUCAGGGAUGCCCUGGGCAGAGUUCUCUGCACCAGGAAACUUGAAACCCCAUCGUCAUGGGUCUGAGGCCCCAAGGAUGAAACAGGAUUUGUAUUUCAGAUCCAUCUAGGCUCCCAUCUCUUCCUGGUUACCGUGUUGCUUCCUCUCUCUAGGGUUUCUCCCAGCCCCCACCCUCACGUUGUCUCUCCUGUGGCCCCCCUUUCCCAUCUGGGCAGUCACCCUCCAAGGCCUUGCUGGGUCUCUCCUCCCCUCACCUCCCUGCCCCUCUCUACUGCAGCCAUGAGGGCAGCCCCUCUUCUGUGCCUCCUUCCUUCCCACCACAGAGACUUCAAAGGCCAUUUCCUCUGCCCUGGGCUGGAGCCUUCCUUUCUGCAGUGGCCAACUCCUACCUGUGCUUCAGAUCUCAGCAUGAGCAGCCCUCCUGUGGGAAGCACGCCCUUGCCUCCCAGCUGUGAUCAAUUUUUCUGUUAUAAGCACUGAUUGUAACAUGUGUUUGUUAAUCAAUAGAGUUGAGCACAGUUGGAGUUUUCCAGUUACUUGUCUGGAUAUUUUUCUGCUCAACUCGAUUUUAAACUCCAUAAAGGGGAAGGCUGUGCUUAUUACAUUUACCAACAGCUGUUCCUGGCAUGAAGGGAGACCUAUUUCACAGGUAAUGGAUGAGUUAAUGAAUGACAGGCUGAUUGAGUGAUGAGCGGGUGGAUGAACCAAUAACAGGAACACUCCAGGUCCGCUGUACCCUGGCAAAAAUCUAGAGUUAACUGUGCCUGAGAUGCUCUGCUAUGAGCUCUUCAAAAGGCACUCGCUUGUUGAACAAGCGUUGGACCAUUCAUUGUGCAAGCCAGUUUGUCAGUUCGUCUAGGAGUUUCCAAUUUUAAAUAUCACAUGUUCUUCAAACUCAAUGAGGGCAAAGUCUGCAUUAUAUAAUUCUAAUAUCUAAGUUAUUUUUUAAAGUUUUUGGUUAGGAACCAAAAAGGAAAGAAGAGGGAAUAUCUUUAGACUUAGGAGUUUCUUUAUUGAAAAUGUAUUUAUAUAAAUUUUUCUUGGAAGAACAGGUAGGGAAAGUCAUGACUACACAGCCUUAUAGGUGCUAAUUUCUGGAGAAGGUGCCAUGAAAAAUAACAAAAAUGAGAACUGUAUUCUAGAGGGAACAUUGUGGCUGUCCUGAGAGCAUGUUCUGACCCCAGGAACCAAAGCCAGGAGUGUGUUUGGCAACUCAGAGUGCAGCAGACAAUUCUUGGCCCCGUGCAUUUGGGAUGAGACUGGAGACAGCUAGACAAACUGUGGACUGGAUGUUCUACACUCUCAAUGCAGGACUCUCUGAAAUCCCACACAUUAGUGUCAGGUAAAUAUACUCCCACUAUUAAGACAAUUAAAACAAGAACCAGUGAAGAAAAAUGAGUAGAAACCAUAAGCAAUUGAAAUGUAUGAAGACAAGGAAUUUUGCCAUUAAAAGAUAUAAAAGUUAAAGAGCUAUAUUUAAAGGAAUACGAGAGCAAAUUGACAUGUGAACAAGAAAAAGGAGACUGUCAGAAAUCAUCAAGGAAACAUUAAAAAAUGAAUACAGUAAUGAUUAAGAUUAUCAUUGAAAACAAAAUGGAAAUGAAGAAAAGAUGACAUGCUUCAAAAGAGAUUGUUACUGAGGUCAAAGACAGAUCUGAAGAAGUUAUCUAGAAUGCAGCAUGGAAAAUUAAACAGGAAACAAGAAAAGAUCACACAGAUGCUGGAGUCUCCCAGUCCCUGAGACACAAGGUAGCAAAGAAGGGAAAGGAUGUAGCUCUCAGAUAUGAUCCAAUUUCAGGUCAUAAUGCCCUUUAUUGGUACUGACAGAACCUGGGGCAGGGCCUGGAGUUUCCAAUUUACUUCCAAGGCAAGGAUGCAGCAGACAAAUCAGGGCUUCCCCGUGAUCGGUUGUCUGCAGAGAGGCCUGAUGGAUCCAUCUCCACUCUGAAGUUCCAGCGCACACAGCAGGGGGACUUGGCCAUGUAUCUCUGUGCCAGCAGCUCAGCUACAGCACUACUGCUCCAGUGUCAGCUUGGUUCCCUAGGAAAUGGGGUUUCUAGAACCUGAAUGCUGACAAAUAAGAGUUGUAUAUAUGUAUACCAUGCAACCUGCAUUUGAAAAUGUAUGUACAUAGUGCAAUGACUAAAUCUAGCUAGUUAACAUAUGCACCUCAAUCCUUAUCCUUUCCAGUGGUGAGAAUACUUAAAAUGUACUCUGUUAGCAUUUUCCCAGAAUACAAUCCACCGUUACUAACUCUAGUCAUUUGUUGUAUAAUAGAUCUUUAUAACAUCUUCAUCUUAUCUGAGUGAGAUUAUGUAUCUGUUGACCAACAUCUUCCCAACAGUCCAUCUCUACUCCAGCCUCUGCUAAUUACUGCCCUAGUCUUUGGAUUUGAAGUAAUUUCCCUGAGGUCUUUAACUCAAGACAAUGGGGGAAUUUUCUCUAUAAUGAUGGUUAUAUUAUUUUUGUUUUGUUUGUUAUUUUACAUCUUGCAAUAUAGUGUUUAUUGCAAAUAUAAAUAAGUAUAUUGUAAUAAAAAUCCUUCACCUCUCUUUGGGUAAAGCUACAGUUCACAUAUUCUAAAUUUCACGCUGUGACCAAAGCUGACAUAAUUAUGGAUCAUGGGUUUCUGGGAGUCCUCAGAGACAGCCCCGUAUACCAAGGUUAAAAUAGAAUAUUCCAGACCCAGCCAGGACAGAAGUGCAUGGUCCUGCAUAGCUCCUUGGAAAAUUAUAGUUCCCCAAAUUCAGUUAUUGGAUAUUGUGGUGCCAGAGACAUCAAAUGUCUUUCUCUAGCAAAUGAUGGUCCUUGGCAGGGAUUGUUCUGAACCCAUUACAAUUUUGCCAUCAUCAAAUCACUCCUUGCUGUUACCUUGUGUCUCCUGGGAGUGAGGACGCCCUGGGCACAGAUGUAAAUUCCCUGACCUUUGGAUGCUAUUUCAAGGACUUCCUAAGACCUUGUGUCCAUCUUUUUCCACCUUUAUCCACAUGACCCCUGAGACCCAUGCUCCCAAUAGUGGACCAGCUCUGAUUCUUAGGCUUGAACAGAACUCAGACCACAGCUGUAAACACUGUUGCUGAAAAAAGAUGUAAAAAAGGUGGGCAGGGCUUCCUACCUACACUGAGGGUGAACAUACAAGGGCAGAAAGGGAAUAUUUUAUUAAUAACUAAAAAAAGAAGAAAUACAAGCCCUGCUGUAAUGAAAUGCGAACUGUAGCUUCACCCACAGAGAGGUGGAAGAUUUUAUUACAAUAUACUUAUUUAUAUUCAUAACAAAUAAUAUAUUUGAAAAAAUAAAACAAAAAGUAAUAUAAGCAUUAUUAUAAAGAAAAUACCCCGGUCUUCUUGAGUUAAAACCUCAGGGAAAUUAAGUCACAUCAAAAGACUAGAGCAGUAAUUACCAGAGGCUGGGGUGGAGUGGGGUGCUGGGGAGAUGCUGGUCAAAGGAUACAAAAUUUCACCUAGAUAGGAGGAAGAAGUUUAAAAAAUCUUUUAUACAACAAAGUGACUAGAGUUAAUAACAAUGGACUACAUUCUGGGAAAAUGCUAACAGAGUUGAAUUUUUUAAUUGAACAAAAGCAGAAUGUCCAUAAGAUUAUUUUGAAUCAAAGUCUGGAAGCUUUCAAACCAGCUGGCAUAGCCUUGUGUUCUCUGAUCUCCGCAGCUUCAGAGGACUUGGCAAUCCUUUCUCUGUACAAACACCCCUUUGUCCACCCUAAGAACUAGGGACACACACUCUUAUACUGUCAUGAAAACAACAGGCUGUGCUAUAGUUGCUGGUAACUCGUUUUAAGCGUGUUGAGUAUGAAGCAUUGAAUAAGAUUGAAAGCUGUGCUCCUGAGUCUGGGAAUGUCCUGGAGCCAGCUGGUGUGUCUCAGAAGAGCCAAAUAGGCAACGCUUCCCAAAUCCUCAUUCAAUGAGGUCAUGUUGACAGCCUGAAAUCUGCCAUCGUGGCUGUGUUGAUACCGUAGGAACUCACAAAUGCUACUAGGCAUGGCCCCACCCUCACAGACAUCCAGUUUACGAGGACAUCACUGGAAUGUUUUCUGAUACAAUGAUGAUCCUAUUAGGGCAUGUCUUAUGGGGCCAAAAAGGCUCAGAAUCCACCAUCCUUCUGUUUCUUCUCCUAGAAGCCAUAGUCUAAGGGAAUCUCAAGUGAUCCUACUUCUAUCCAAUCGCCAAAUUCCCUUGCUCUGUGGGUCUGUGUCUCCUAUGAGCAUGCCAAUCUGAAACAAGACAACUAUUUGGAAUGUAGCUAACGGAAACAGGGAACCAGUCCAUUAUUUUCAAAUUAUCCUUCCUUGCAUGGAAUAUGCAGAUGCUGCAAUCACUGGGAACAGAGAUGCGGCAAGCAGAAACUCUGGGCUGUGAGUCACUUUAUACUAUAGUGCACCACUAUUCCUCUGUGGCACUGACAGACCCUGCAGCAUGGACUAAUUUGCAUAGGAAACAAAGCAGCCCCCGACCAGUCAGGUACGACCCUGGAUUCAUUUUGGGCUGAGAGGUCAGAAGGAUCAUACUCACCUUAAAUAUUAUCCUCUCCAAGCUACAAUACUCCCACUGUCCAUCUUAGUCCCAGGAUGUUGUUCAGAGCUCCAGAGAAUCCCUUCUCUUGGGGCAGAAUCACCAAGGUUGCUCCCUCCAGACUUCCGCAGUCUCCAGCAGGUAUGGGGCACAGGUGCCGUUCUGUCUCUCAGGUAGAGAGAGGCAUCAUGUCAAAUGAUAUUUGUAUAAGAGGGAUUAAAAUUCUAAGGCUCCUCUCAAAUAUUUGACAUAGUUUUCUUUGCUUCUUGUUUCAUUCUACAGUCUCACAAUUUAGGAGAGCGAUUAUUUUGCGGUUGCCUUGUUGACAGCAUUGGGGAAGGUUUUUGUGGUUAAAUUAAUUUAAACAAUAAUUUUAAUGGUGUAUUUCUUCUGUUCACGAUAGAACAGUGAAAGCAGUCAUUUACACAUCCUGUGAUGAACGUGUUGUUUAAGGUUCAUGAUCCACACCUAACUUUCAAUCUGGUUGAAAUGAAAAGGUGCAGAAUUAGGUGGCACGUGAGCAAGCUAUGAGAGAGGCUCAUGCCAAUUACUGUGGGAUUUGGAGGGAGGGAGAGAUGACCUCUGCUUUAGACCAUGCUUCACAAAGGAGUGGGAGUUUGUCCAUGGGAAACUGCAGAGGAGUAAAUACCAGCAGCUUCUAACUGGGGUGGAGUGAGUGCUGCGGGAGCAAAUCCUUGGAACAGAAAAUGGUGCAUUUGAGCUUUCACAGAGGACAGUGGAAAGAAAAGUCAUAUAGGCCACAGUGCCCUGGCAGGCCCUGUUUGCUAAUGAUACUAUUUUGCACCAGCGUGUCCUUAUCUCACACCACUCCUCAGCCUCUUCCAGAAUAAUCUCUUCCCUCUCCGCUGCUCAGAUCAGCAGAUGUGCCUUGUGCAAGUUACUCAUUUCACAUAGCAGGCCUUUUGCUGGUCUUAAUUAUAUCCAUCCUUACUUUCCACAUUAGAUACUGUGUAUUGCCUUGCAAAUGAUCCUACUUUUUAUAUUCCAAUUUUUCACUUGUUAAUACAUAUUCGACCCCUUCUUGAAGGUCAAGAUGACCUUGGAAAUAAUAAGGCUAUCUCAUUAUCUGGUCACUUUUACUAAUCUUGAUUUUUAUGGUAACGUUGAUUGUCAUUUUGGGGGACAUGUUUGUUUAUCUUGAAUUUUAUUGAGUUUCCUCAAAGCAUCAUUUUGAGUUCUUUGUCUUAAAGGUCGCAUAUCUCUGUCUGUCUAGGGUUGGUCCCUGUUUUAUUUUUUUUUGAGAAAUUACUGACUUCAACAGAUGCUGUAAACUACCAGGAUAGAGGAAGUUUUUGUGAUUUCAUAGCUUGGAUCUUCUUUAUUCACGGCAGGGAAUUUUAUUUUGGGGUCAAGAUUGUUGAAAAUGGCAUAGUGAAGAAGGUAGAGUCACAGGAGUUUGCUUUAUGUACUUGAGGAAGAAGAAACUGAGAUUUGGGAAAAGUCAAGAAAUGGGAACCUGAUCGAAGAUGACUGCAAAUAGUAAUAGAGCAGAAAAUGAUGAAAAGUGGAGUUCUAUGCACCAUGAAUGCUCUUCGCCCCACUCCAGAAGUUUUCGACACCUAGAAAAUAUAAAGAAAGGACUGAUAGCAACUGGCAUCACGUUGAGGCCAGUCUCAGUUGGGAAAAACACCAAACAGCCGCUUGUCUCGUCUAAGAACUCUGAAGUUGGUCCUGAUGUCUUCCUUCUGGACUCUGGCCCUGAUCUUAACUCCUCAGGGAAGUCAGGUACUUCCCAAAAUACAGAGAAGGUCAGAUUGCCCUUGGUUUUGAAGGAGAAAAUGCUCUGUGCUUCUCCCCAAGAUAAACUCUGCUUUCCUAGGAAUGCUUUAUAACACUCGUCAUCCAGAUCUGAUUACCUUCUGUGACCAAACAGUUUCCGAAGAUUUUGUAAAACUCAGUGGCCUUUCACAUCCUCUGCGUUUGCACUCACUGUUUCCAUGGCCCAGAAGGACCUUUAUUUUCCCACGACAGAACCAGACACUGCUCAUCUGCCAAGGACGGGCUCCCACCUGUCUUCCUCUUCACUUCUCAUCCCGGCAUUCUCUGGCACUCUAUGAUAUCACUGUCUUCACUUCAUAGGCCAAACCAAGAAUAUAAUUGGAACUGCCUGAUGUUUAUAACAUGAAUCAAUUCAAGUCCACUUAUAUAGACCCCUGGAAUAUAUGAAUUCCUAUCUUCUCUUUACAAGAGACUUCUACUACAUGAAACAUACUGGAGAGUCUUUAGGGGUAGGCUUAGUUUUCUACACAAAUUCUGCAAUAUCCUAAACAAUUCUGUCUUCAUAGUCAUGAUUGAUGACUUGUUCUCUAAAGUACCUGAACUGCGUUUAAAGUCAGAAUUUGCAAAUGUUCUUCUGAGAAAAAAGAAAAUCAUUACAUCUGAGUAACAUUUAUCCAGUCUCACAAUCUUGCCAAAAAAUAUUUGUCACCAUAACCACACUUUCCAUGACCACAUCUUUAGAGAUUUGGUGAGACUGGAAACAUCAACAAUGGUCCUUCUCAGAAAUCAACCUAAAACACUGAAAGAAAAGUAGCUGUGCUCAGUAAUUGAACCUGAUCAGCCUUGCAAAUUAAAACACAUUGUGUGCGUGUGCUUGUGAGUGUGAGUAUGUUUUCUUGUGGAGAUGCAAAUAGUUUCUGUGGGUGGCAUUUGCUAAGCAUCACUGGAUCACUGGUAGAGUUCACAGGCACUUUCCUAACCCCAGGGAGUGAUGGGAAAUGUCACAGCCACUGAAUCGGCCUAAGUUAUGACUGAUAGGGUUGUUUAUUUUAAAAUUUUACAAAUUCAGAAAUAAAUUUGUAAACUCAAGAAAUGUGGCCGGGUGCAGUGGCUCAUGCCUGUAAUCCCAGCACUUUAGGAGGCUGAGGGAGGUGGAUCAUGAGGUCAGGAGUCUGAGACCAGCCUGGCCAACAUGAUGAAACCCCAUCUCUACCAAAAAUACAAAAAUUUAGCUGGGCGUGGUGGUGCACCCCUGUAAUCCUAGCUACUCAGGAGUCUGUGGCAGGGGAAUCACUUGAACCUGAGAGGCGGAGGUUGCACUGAGCCGAGAUCGCACCACUGCACUCCAGCCUGUGCGACAGAGCGAGACUCCGUCUCAAAAAAAAAAAAAAAAAAUCAGGAAAUCCUCUCUUAUAAACCACACGAUGUAAAAUUUACUGAUAUUAACUUAAAUACAAAAUAUGAAAAGAUUGGGCCUGAUUAAGCAAAAGGAGCCAGGGAACAAUGCAGUGUUUCUGGGCUAGGUGGGCUGGACAUCCUCACAUUGUUUAAUUAAGGGUCUGUUUAAUUUUGGCUGCUCUCUAAGUGCAAUAAUUGUUUAUUUUGUAAUAAAAAGAUUGGUUCAUGUA